AGUAUCCUCUCAUCCUCUUCUUAACCGCCCAUUCUUCAUGGAGAUAUCUCAAAAUUGGGCGAUUCUUGCGACCAGCUUUGUUGUAUUUCUCUUUCGAAAGCUUUCAGUUGCCGCGAGUUUUCUCGUGUUGUUAACCGCGCUUUCAUUUCUCGACUCUUUGUCGACACCGUCGCAGAUACCCCUCCUCCUUCAAUUCAUUUUAUUUCAACCUCAGUCUCGCACCAUCGCACGCCAUGGAUUUCGUUACCAAUGGCCAGCCCUCUCCUAAGGAUACAGUUAUGAACGACGCGUCUCCGUACGACGCUCUUCAUCAUCAACGAACUAAUCGGCAAUUCACUAGCGAAGACCUGGCUGAUCCUAACUACGUCCCUAACCCCGUCCCAUUCGGCGCGAAGAAGAUAACGCCUGACGAAACUCAUCGCCCUUUCUACCAUAUACAUUCGAGAAAGCCUAGUCAAAGGCCUGAUAUGGUCCUGAAGCAUCAGAAAACAGCUUACAGCACGACCCGAAGGCGUUAUGAUUCACUCUCCCCACCCCAAUUCCAAUUCACACGAGGACGAACUGGAUCCCAACAUGAACAGGCACCACUUGUGUUGCCCCGCGUCAAUGAGAUUCAGCCCUACCGAUUGACCGCAACGACCGCUUCUCGAUUGAACGCCACAACCUACAGCAGUAGUCUCAUGAAUCCGAUGCGCUCGUCUGGACACGACUCGAUACUUGGGGCUGGUCUUCGUGGUCGUGACCGUCCGCUCUCGCUGUUCGGAUCCGAGGCUUCUCGCCAAGCUGCGAUGAUCCGACCUAGGAAGCGCGACCGCGAAGGCAAUAUCCUCGACACUACGGGCAGCAUAUUUGUCCGCAACAACAAUGCCAAUGAUGGGCGCAACAAUGACCAACAGCAUAUCGCGUCAGCCGACGCUGAUAGUCCCGUUUUGAAAUAUUGCCGUGGUGGCACAGAGUCAUCAUUUAGUGCUGCUGUCGAUAAUAUUAAGAAAGUAAAUGGGGAUCCAGUUCAACCUUUGGCGCAACGCCCUUCCUUCCACUGGCAGCGCGCUUUGCCUUCAAAGACGACCGACCCCGCAACUCCUGGUAAGCAAACAGGAAGCUCGACUGCUACAGGCCGUAUUCCUGGCUGCUGGCCAUCGGCAUCGAAACAUGGUUCGAUGCCGCUACUUCCUGAGCCACAGCAGACCGCUCAGACGCAGCACCAAACCGAGUCUCCUGUAACUUCCCAAGAGAUAUGUGGCCAGGUCGACUUGCCCAGCAAUGCAAAUCCGGAGCCGGCCACCGUUAACCCUGACCAAGCUAUUCUGGACGAAACUCCCUCUUGGACUCAACACUAUUCUGGCGUUUAUGGCACCCUACGGAUAGCUUACUCUUUCCAGUGUGGUAUGGUGCAGACUGUUGCAAAUGCAUUCCAUGUUGCACUCGCUGCUGCCAGCACUAUAACCCAUCAAACGCAACAGGCGCUGGGAACUGUAACACAGCGGGUCAUGGCCAUGUACAGACAACGUCGCUUUGAUCGUGCGCGUUCGCGUGCUCGUGCAAGCCCUGCCGCUCCGGCUCGGCAACCUCCAACUACAAUAGCCUCUCCUGCUCGUGUGAACGUUGCGACACUGCCGCCUGGGCAGCAGGAGCGUGUGCGAAUCAACCAGUGGCGUAGACGUCGAGGAUUUCCUGUCAAUGAAGAACUCCCAUUCCCGAAUAUGACAACGCCAAUGGGAGCUCUAUUCUAUGAUCCGCAAAUAAUCACAACAUCUUCGCCUAGCGUGCAGCGCAGUCUUGACCUCGUGGUAGAUAAUGCCUCCGGGGCUACUUUGCACAGGCAUCCCGCGCAGCGGCGAACAUCUGUGAACGACCGCGAUGACAAAAACCGGCCUCAAGCACCCAAAGCUGGGAUUCUCAAAAAGAAUUCUCUGGUUCCCACCAUGAGCCCCGCAACCCGACGUCGCCUCCUUCCUGGAUACAUCACACCGCGUGACCGUCGGCUUGGACUACAGCACAGGGUCCGUUUCCGGUCUCCCAUAGUUCAGCCUUCGCCUUUGCGCCUUCGCCAGUGGGCUAAUUCAUCCGCCGAGUCGGGACCCGGGCUUGAUGAACUGUUGCGCACACAGCUGAACGGAGCCGAUGCGCCGUCAACCGUGGCUAGCGAUCAGCGUACUGGACCCGAUGAACAGCUAUACGCGCAAUUGGCUGCUUCUCUCGAGCCGUAUGUGGAUCCUUGGGCGCAGCCGCGCGACUUCACCAAAGGUACUCCUAGGUCUGCUGUCAAACUCGUCAAACCCAAGAUAGAGCCAGUCCCCGACGGCCGGUCCGAGUCGAUUUAUGCAAAGGAAUAUGAAGAGAUGCAAAAAAUGAAGAAACUGGAGUAUGGGCCAGUUGGACGACAGGUCCCUGAGGGUGUUGCCGUGCGUCCUCUCCCGGACAAUUGGAAAGCUCGUCUCAAAGACCUCAAGAAGAAGGCGCAUUGGGUAGAGGUUGCGACCACCCCGUCCGGCGAGUCUCUGACUCGGGACGACAUCGACACAUGCCUUACUCCAAUGGCUUGGCUGAACGACGAGGUGAUCAACUCGUACCUUGGUCUUAUCGUUAACCACAUGCGCCACGAGAAUGGAAACGCGGGUCGUCACGACAAGCCACGCUACCAUGCUUUUAAUACAUUCUUCUUCUCGAAUCUCCGAGACAAGGGCUACGACUCUGUCAAACGCUGGGCUAAAAGAGCUAAGAUUGGCGGCAAAGAUCUUCUGGAUGUGGAUACUGUUUUCAUUCCGGUGCACAACAAGGCUCACUGGACGUUGAUUGUUGUAAAGCCAUCAGCUAGGACAAUCGAGCACUUCGACUCACUUGGCUCUCUCUCGCGCCGUCAUGUUGAAACCGUCAAGGGCUGGCUUCGAGGAGAACUCGGUGACUUGUACGACGACGAUGAGUGGGAGGUUCUUCCAUCGGAGUCCCCACAACAAGACAACGGCAGCGACUGCGGCGUGUUCCUUCUGACAACAGCAAAAGCCGUAGCGCUUAAUAUUGAACCACUCGCUUAUGGUGCCCGUGAUACCCCUUUGCUUCGCCAAAAGAUAGUAGCCGAACUUAUUAACGGAGGGUUUGAAGGGGAUUUUACCCCUGACGGUGCGCUCUGA